AUGUCUAAUAUGAUCAUUGUAAGUGGAGCUGACCAUGGAAAUUCUGAGACAUUUGAGAAGAAGCGCAGAUCGAGAGGUUGGCUGCGACUCAUACUAAAUUCCUAUGAUAUGGAGGACUCCGUUUAUAUCGCCGCCAAUUCGCCGUGCUAUGUAGAGAUGCUCGUGGGGAACGUGCAAGAGCCAGAUGAGCUCGGCCUGCGGGGUUCAUGGAAUAGCGAGAUUGUGGAAGAGAACGUGGACAUGAGUAGCCUUCGUUUCAGGAAGAAGGUGUACUACAUGUCCAAAAGUAAGGGAGAUAAUGGCGUGCUUCCUUAUCUGGAGAGCAUUGGCGUCAAACUUGAUAGAAGUUUGCUCAUUGCUAGGUAUUUGUCCUCGGAGAAGCUUCCUCAGCUGAUUGAUAAGAUAAGAGCUUCAAAUUAUAUGGUCAAUUUUGUGAGUGGAAUUUUGUUUCCGAGCAGUAUUAAUGAGGCACUUAUCGGAAGAAAUGCUAGACGAAUGAUGAUGUACCUAUCGAUUCCUGCGGAUGAGGAUGUUCAGAGCACUUUGUCUUUUUUUUUAAAAAGUGUACUUGCCAAACUAACACUAAGUAUGUUAGGUCACAAAGAUGCCUCAUUUCCCAAUCUGGUCGAAUCAUUUCCAAAGCUUCUUCUUUUGUGCUACGUGGAAGACCAUUUUAAACCGUUGGUUGGCUUUCUUGAACUUCUUGGUGUUCCUGAAGCAGGCAUUUCAACUGUACUAUUGUCAUUCCCACCUAUCAUUUUUAGUUAG